AUGUACAAUGCAUGUCUUUACAUGUCAGCAUCUGCAGGAACAUGCAACGCCCAGUUGGAAGAACAUGAGCCAGCUGUUGUUCCUCAGUCUCGUGGACGGAAUCACAAAGAAGACGGAGCAUCGGACGACCUCAUUGGGCAGAAUACCCUAAAAACUGCCAUCCAAAAUUCUCUCCCUCUGUCAGAGCUCGGGACACCCACCACUACUGUACAAAGCACUCCGUCCACAGCACCAGCGAGAUGCCGUGCCGCCGCUUGGCUUCAAUGGAAGAGCCCAGAGCAGCAUGGACCCCCCCCCCCCCAGAAGCACGGGAACGCUUUGCAUACCGCGUAG